GCGUGCUCGAGGGUCACGUCCGGAGUCGGAAACAAGCGAAAUUCACGACGCCUCGGCUUUUUCGGCCGUGGCGCGCGAAAAAUCACGAAAAAAACAACGAAUUUCCUCGUACCUGAAUGAAAAUGAUGUGACGAGAACAAAAGACUAAUUAACGGAAUCGAAAGAACUACGUGUAUGUAAUACGAUUGGACUCAAUUGGACCUUUUGCAUGUGUAGAAGUAAACACGAAUGUGUUAAGAAGAUAGAUUUGACUUUAGAAACAGAAAGACAUUUAUGAAAAUAGGGUGGCUCGUUGAGCCAGCAAUAGCAAAAUGGAUUCGUAUAUAAUGCAGGUCAGACGCAUGUGGCUAAAUCAGGACGGAGAGGGUUUAGCAGAUCUCCUGUCUUUAAGACACGUCCAUGUAAACAUUCCACAAAUCGGAUCAGAAACAGCAAUGACUAAAGCAAUGGAACAUUUGUCUGCCCCUCUCGAUGAUCUAGUACUUUACCACUUAAAAACUGUAGCAGCUAUGAACAAAGACGAUCCAUUGUCCAUGUAUAAUCACCAAAGUUCAGCAGUUCAAUCUCUGACGAAAAUCCUUCAAAUGCAAAAAGAGGAGAAUUGGAUGUUGCCUGUUAUGAACGUGAUGUGCUUAGAAUUAAGAUUUUUAGCAGUUUGUGCUGAGAACUCGAAGAGCAACAAGAACACGAAACCUGGAGAGAUCCUCGAGAAAUGUGCAGACUGUCUGAUGGGUUGUUUUCGAGUUUGUGCCUGCGACAAUCGCAGUUCAGAGGACGAUACGAAAAGAUGGGGCAUGCUGGCGCUAGUCAAUCAAUUAUUAAAAAUCUAUUUUCGUAUUAAUAAAUUGCAUCUAUGCAGACCUUUGAUAAGAGCGAUAGAAUCGUCUCCUUACAAAGCGCAUUUCGCAUUAGCGCAACAGAUAACGUACAAGUUCUUCGUAGGCCGUAAAGCAAUGUUUGACAGCGAUUACAAAGCUGCCGACGAACAUCUCACGUACGCGUUCGAACAUUGCCACAAACAAUCGUCGAAGAACAAACGACUGAUUUUGACUUAUCUCGUACCUGUGAAAAUGUUAUUAGGAUACAUGCCUAAGCACGGCGUGUUGGCAAAGUACAACUUGAUGGAGUUCGGGGAAUUGAUGGAGGCUGUGAAGAAGGGAGAUCUAAAGAAUCUCGAGAAAGUAAUGGCGAAACACGAGUCGUUCUUCAUCGGAGCAGGGAUUUACUUGAUCGUAGAGAAAUUGAAAAUAAUAGCUUAUAGGAAUCUAUUUAAGAAAGUGUAUCUCGUGUUGAACACCCAUCAGAUCCCUAUCGAAUAUCUCGCUGCAGUAGUGGAAUCGGAUGACACCGACGAGGUGAACAUCGACGAGGUGGAGUGCAUCGUGGCGAAUUUAAUAUACGAAGGGAAAAUUAAAGGAUACAUAUCUCACCAGCAUAAGAAAUUGGUCAUCUCCAAACAGAAUCCUUUUCCGCGAUUAUCAACAGUACCCUAAUUACUCUCGUGUAUUUCGUAAUAAAAAAAUCUGUUUAUUUAUAA